AUGUCUCAUCCCGGCAGCAACUGGGACAAAGUCCUCCAGUGGAGCGAGCUCUUCGGUACCCAGGUCUGGCUCUAUCAUGAGGCCUUGAAGGGCUUCGUAUCGUACAGUGAAGAAGCGGCAAGCUUAGUUCUAAGGAAUUGCGUCGUGCUACUGGAGAUGGGACCUGACCACAUUGCCAUCCUUGAGAAAAGUUUUGCUGUGUUCUACAGCAUCGGUCAGACCCUUUUGUCCUUCCUUCGCAAUCGCGAACUUUUCGUGUUCAGAGAAAAUGUCCAGCAUACCCUCGUCGCUGCAUCCGCCGAUCUCGUCCAACUGGUUUCCAGUCUCACAACUUACUACUCCAGCCUUCGGGCUUUUACAAGCUCGACCGAAUUCGAUACUUUGUUUGGAAGUACUGUAGACGCGUUCUUUGGACACAGAAACACCGCGUUGAAUCUCAUGUGGUCAUGUCAGCUUGAACAGAGCAUUGGUUCAGCAGACAUUACCAUCGAUGUUCAAGAUAUCCGGCAGUUCCUCGCCCUUAAUGACAGGGUAAUUGAAAUUCUGAUGUCCAACCGAAUGGGCUCCAGAAGCGGCCGCGAGGAGUCCACCUGCGAGUGGUUUCGCCCUUUCCUGAUGGGUUUCGUUAGGAGCCGCGACAAGAUGUCCUUGGUGAACGGCAGAUCCGGAACCGGCAAGACUGUGCUCGGAUCCUGGAUCGUUGAGAACCUACAACGUGCGCAAGGAAGAAAAUCUUAUGAGGUGUUGGCGCAUACCAUCGAUCCUUCUUUGAUGACAGAAAUAUCACACUCAAGUGUUGUAAAAAGCCUUCUUUUGCAACUUCUGGAACAUAACAUUGGUGACACCGGCUUGUACAAGCGACUGUGUGUUGCCUACGAGCUGAUGAUGCAAGGUAAGUAUGCCGACCUGGAGCUGGCGAUGUGGAAAGCGCUUUCCAUCGGUCUCCGCAGCAAUUCGAGCCUAAUGCUGGUCAUCCAUGGUUUGGAUCAUAUAUUCGGCGGAGAUGAAGCAAGCGUCCGGCUGCUUGACCGCUUGCAUGAAGUAAUGGCGGGUAGCAGUGCUGCCAAGUGCAUUGUACUUAGCCAACCGCUCAAGAAGCCUGGAUCUCACCACGCGCGACUGUUCACUGUCGAGGCUUCACAUACUCCAGAAGACCUCCGGUCUUUCGUCAUGAAGGCCGAGAAUACUUUGCCUGCAGUUAUGAAAGCGUUGGAUACGGCCCCGAAGUCCCUUGGCGAAGCCAUCCAGGUGCUGCUGUGGUGUCUCGAUCUGAAAAAUAGGGAUACACGAUCUAUUCUGGCUUGGCUGUUGGCAUCGGAGCGACCUCUAACGCUCGCCGAGAUCAAAAUUCCCCUGGAGUUGAACACCUCGGACUGCACUCACUCUCCAAGGCUCACCGACCUCGAGGAAGAUGUGAGUCGUGCUGUUGGUUCCUUGGUGGACAUUCGCGACGGUAUUGUGCGGCUCCGCAAUCAGAGCGUGCGCCAGGAGUUACUCAACCUCGCCAACUCUUCUAGAGACACUUCCAGCAAAAACGCCAAGUUUCCCUUCAUAUUCAAGGAAGCACACUACGACUUCGUUACCAGGUGCCUUGCUUAUGUCAAGGUCCUCGUGGAUCAGCCGACAGCGCUGGCUGCUGAGCCAUUGCAGUACAGUCGUAGUGCGGAUCUCUUCCGGAAGUACACUUUACUCGACGGGAAGCACAACGUCGUCAAUGAGUUCGAGAGUUGCUUUGCGUCGUCCACCCUGCUGGCUUUGAUGGAAUACAGCUGCUGGGACGUUCAGACCAAUGUCAUCGUGGCUAUUGAACGCCACCACCUAUCCCUGAAUCUACGUAAGGCUAUUGUUGGCGAACGAAGCGAGUGCGUUCUACAAUCACUUGUCGCCAUUGCGCGGUUGUGUCUCAAGGUGUCACGUCACGCUGAAGCGGGCCAGUACUUCUGCCAAGCAUACAGGAUCAGUCAACACGUCCUGGGCCGGACGAAUCCAAUCAUAACGAUCUGUGUGACAGGCGAUAUUGACUCAACCGCAUCGUUCCCAAUCCACUCGAGGGACGAGCUCUUCAUGCGGAAGGAGGAGAUGCUUCAGUACAUCAUCUCCCAUAUGAAGCAGACACGAGGCGCUUCUCACGAGCUUUCCAUCAAGUACUCCAAGGCGCUUGCGCGUUUGCAUCGGGAGGUUAACGAGCUCGACCGGCCCAUAGAUAUAGUGGGCGAAGUCUACGGGAUGUGUGUGGAGCAUUACGGUCGAUUCCAUGCCGAAAUACGAUCAUGUUUCAACCUUCUCAUCGAGCCAUACCAGCAGACAUCAAGGGAAGAUGAGAUCAUCAAGAUCCAAAUUGAUACCUACUGGUCAGCUCGGCGGUCGCUGUCCAUCACUGACGAGACCUUGAUCGACUGUGCGGCGAGCAUGAUUGAUUGUUACGGGGCGCGACAGGAGAUCACCAAGGCUGAAGAAAUCUUGCAAAGGAGGAUUGACAUUACACUCCGUUACGUCCGGUUUCUACGUCGCCACCAGCGUAUUGAGGAAGCCUCUAACAUAUUGAUGGGCACCUGGUCAGACUUCGAGUACGUCCUCUCCGAAUCAACAAGUUCCUCGCAUCAGACGACAGAGAUCAUCAAAUGUGUUCGCAUGGUUGGUGAGCAGCUCCGAGAGGUGGAAGUUCUCACUAUAGCCAACAAGAUUUUCCAGUCGUUGUGGAGCUACUACAAGAAGACGGACAGAAUCUCCUCGUCAGAAGCGUCGUCAGUAGCGGUGUCUCUUGCAGAGACAACUAGGCAGAUCACAGAGACCUACCAGACAUCAUCGUCCCAUACCAGUGAAGAAGAAGAGAAGAUCCUCCGUGAAGUCUUUGAGUCGACGGCGGAGAAGUAUUAUUACGAGGUCUUCAUAGCCUUCGGCAAAGAUCCUGAGUUCAUACACCGAGAAGCCAUUCAGACGGCCCUCGCUCUGUGCUCCAUCCAUGAGAAUGCCAAACAUCGGAAUGAUGCGCGCCACUUUUACAGCCUAUUCUCGAUGAUAUUCACCAAGCAUACCAAGAGCUAUGCAUGGAUAAGCGAGACUGUCGAUCGGAUCUACUCGCGGUACUUCUACAUCCUCGACAAGGAGCUGAAGGUUGACUACUCCGUUUUGUUGCAGAUUACUGAGGAGUUCCGUAGCAAUUGUGUGACCGUCUUCGGGGCCCACCACGAGCUCACCAUCAAGGCCACCCUCGAACUGGCCAGGAUUUACGAGCGCAACGAGCAGCAUCGUGAGAAAGCUGUCUCACUGUAUGAGGAGACUUUCAAGAAAACGAGCGAGUCUUCGUCCUUCACUUCGACUACCAUCAGAGGAUUACCACAGAGGCGAAGCAACGGCUGA